UCAGAGUAAGCCACAAAUUAGCGAAGGAAGUCCGUGACAACAAACGCGCAGCAAGAAGCCAGUGCAGCGAAAAUGGAUUUCUCACCGAGCCCAGACAGUGAUACUUCUGGCUACUAUAGAAAUCGCAGCCGACGUGAUGAGCGUGACCGGGGGAAUCGAGGAAGAUCGAAGGAACGCUUCCGCAACAACAGUCGCUACAGCCGUAGCCGAUCUCGGUCGUACAGCAGGGAACGUUACAGCUCGCGGCAGCGGAGCAAUGAAAGAGAUCUUUACAGAGAUGAAAACGAUCAUCCAGAGUAUGAUGAUGGAGGCUGGGAAAGAGAACGCUACAGACCUCGUAGCCGAGAACGGGAUCGAGAACGAAGAUCACGCGAACGGUAUCGUGAUCGAAGAGAUCGCGAGAAGGGGAGUCGUCGCGGAGGAUAUUCUCCCAGCUCUUUGGACGAUGGAGACAAUUUCGACAGCGAUAAUGAGUACAUGUAUGAAACUACGCCCAACAAUAAUAUCAUUAUUCGCGGGUUAGCCCCGCAAGUGACCGAAGCAGACAUCAUAAGCGAUCUCAUUCAGUGCGGUCUACAGGCACUUCAUGUGAGGCUGAUUCGCAGAAAAAAGACAGCGGACGAGAUGAGCAACAUUCUGACGAAAAAGAUCAUGCUUCGCAAUCUGGACGUGCUGACGAACGAGGAGAGCGUGCUGGGCGUGAUGCAGAAGUGUUUGCCGGCCGAGCUGGUCGCAAAGAUCUCGAAGGUGGUCGUCUGUCGCGAUCCGCUAACGUCCAUUUCGCGCGGCAUGUGCUAUCUGCACUUUGAAAAUCUGGUGGACUCGAUGAACACGCACAAUGCGCUGAAAGAGUUGGAUCCACAGCUGUCGAUCGAUAGCCGGGACGUCAUUAUCUCGUACUGCAUGGACACGGAGAAUCGUAAUCUGAUCAAAUCGAAUCAGCCCGGUCAUCCGCACCACCGCGACGCCAACCACCGCAGUGGAAACAAUAGUGCCGGUGGACCGGGGGCGCAUGGAGAGCACCAGCACCAGCAGCACCAUCAGUCCGGCGGCAGUUACUAUCGUGCGGACGGCGGUGCUGGGUAUGAUCGCGGUGGUGGCUACGGCAACAGACACAACGCGCACGAAAUGAACAAGAAUUCCGGAAGUGGAAAUUCCACGGGCGGUAGUGGGGGUCGUAGUAACUACCAACAGCAUUCCGGUACUCAAUCAUUCAACGCCACCGUGGCGGGAUCCGCUUCGUCGCAGGCGACUACUUCGGCGGAUGCAGAUUUCCCGGGCAACUAUACCCUCGCCGACGUUCCUCGCCUGGCGGAGUACAGUGCAUCGAUGUAUGCGUCGAAUGCGGCCGAACAUGAGUAUUAUCUGCAGUACUACAAAGAGUACUACACGUCAAAGCUGUCACAGACGUUGACUCCGAGCCAAGGCCUUACAGCGGGGCCCGUGUCUUCCUCGGGUGGAAGUGAGACGGCCAACAAUGGUGCGGCCGUGGCACAGUCGGCCAUAGCUCGCAAGCAAGCGGGUGGUGCUGGUAAAGGGCCAAAGGCGGAUGCUUUCGGUACGGGUUUGGUUAGCGGCACAAAUCAAACGAUUCUUCAGUUACCGGUCCCGAAUGGAGUGGAUGGCCGAAAGUACCCGGAUCCCGACACCUCGGUUUACCAAUAUGACGAAACGUCAGGUUUCUACUACGAUCCUACUACUGGUCUUUACUACGAUGCCAACUCGCAGUACUAUUAUAACCGCGAAACCAGUUCCUACCUGUACUGGGACCCGGCCAACCACACAUACGUAUCUGCCCCAUCGUCGAGUGCGAGCGCCGCCGCCGACACUGUCACCAUAGGGCCAUCGUUACCACCGGGGACAAUGAUUGCACCCUCUGCUGGGGCAGCGGCUUCCACUGCGGAAGGCUCCGAUAAGAACGCGGAAAAGGUGAAAACGAAAGACCAACCACCGCAGGAUAAGGUAAAAGUGGCCAAGAAAAUCGUCAAGGACAUGGAAAAAUGGGCGAAGCAGCUUAAUCAAAAGAAGGACUACAGCGUCAUACAGCCGCCGGCGCGUAUCGAGGAGGCCACUCUUUAUUCUUCGCUCGGUCCAUCGAAACCACUGCAGGAACCGCUCGGUAGCGGAGGUUAUGCCGACGUCGGGUUUUCGCUGCUGGAGAAAAAGGAGCGUGUUUCUGGUACAACCGGUGCCAGUGCUGCCAGCGGUUCGGUCGCCAGUUCCGGUUAUAGUAGCAAAUCUACAGUGCCGGCUAGUAGAGCCAUGGCCGGUCCGGCGUCUUAUGGUGGAGGUUCAGAUUCGGAUCAGGAGCUCGGAGACGGUGAUGGCGGUGGGUCCAGUGAGCAGGACUUGGUAGAUUUCGAUAAGCUCACGUGCUUGCUGUGCAAGCGUGCAUUCCAAUCACAAGACAUUUUGAUGAAGCAUUUAAAAAUGUCCGCCCUACACAAAGAAAACCUCAAGAAACUGAACCUAGCCGGCGGCGGUGGUACGGGUGGCGGCGGAGGUGGUGGUGGCAGCAGUGACGGAGGUUCCGGGGGAACCAGCACCAGUUUGCAACAGUAUCGCGAUCGUGCUAAGGAGCGACGAGCCAAGUACGGUGAAGAUGAGGCCCCGCCGGUUAAUCGCAGCAAAGAGCGCUUCCAGCGAGAGAUCGAGAAGCAGAGCCAGUCGUCCUUUCAGCAGACCACGUCCUCGUCGCUCCCGAUCAGUCACAACAAUGUCGGCAACAAGCUGCUACAGAAAAUGGGCUGGUCCGAGGGCCAGGGUUUGGGCAAAAGCAAUCAAGGGCGUGUGAAUAUCAUUGAGGCGGAGGCUCGCGUGGCCAACGUCGGUCUCGGUAUCAAAGCGAACACCGCAGCACAGUACAGCCGUACAACGGAUGACUACAAGACUUACAUCAAGAAAAUGAUGAAAACUCGCUACGAGCAGGUGGAAGGAACCGACUAACCUGUCCCAUUCGUUCCAAAGCCAAAUGGGUGUAAUUCUCAAUAUUACGGUUCCAACCUUCGUACACCGUGUGCUGAUUUGUUAGUUAUGCUCUCUAGUGUAUGUUCUCAGAAACUGCGUUCCCUUCCGAGAACCAUAAUGGAACAUUGGCCACAUCGGCUUCGGCUUCUUGUCUGAAAAUGGUGUGUUGCUUACGGCUCAGUUGUACAGUAGGGCAUAGGUACUAUUGCACGGGCAGCGAGUGGUGCCGAGCGUAGUAUUUUUUUUUACUGGCCUUCACA